AUGUUGUCUUUAUCGUCGUCUCCGCCUCCGCCUCCGCCGCCGCCGCCGCCACCACCACCAUCACCACCACCGACAGUUCGAACAUACAGUGAGUGACCUGUCUCAUGAAAUGUUGGCUGAAAUUCUGAAAUACGUUUACGAUUAAGAAGGAUUACUUGGUCGCGGUUGUAAUACUGAUUAUCUUAAGAUAUACUCUUAUAACAUUUCGAACUUGGCAGGAUGUCGGCUUUUAAAUGCACUUCUUUUCAAUCUCCUGUAGAAAGCGUGCUUGGUGAAAAAUGACUACUUAAGUAGCAUGCAUUUUUCUCAUUGAUUUUCGAUUGGCUUGGAAAUUCGAAUAUAUUUUAUAGAAACCACAAACAAAAAUGUGCUUUCUUUUAGUCAAUCAAUAGAGAAUCACGUCUUCUUUAUAUUUUAUACUUAAGGAAGGAGUAUAAUUAGGUUUUAAAAAAGUUUCUAAUUAUGAGACUUUUAAGACCGCGAUAUGUCCAUUCACAUAGCAUCGUACCUAGCCGUUUACCACUGCUCCUCAUGAAAUGAGCAACAUGGGCCGCAUCCAUUGCAAAAUUUUAUGGACCCUGUAUGAUAUCUCUUUAAUGAUAUAGAAAAAUAUGUGAUUUUCUUUACGCGGAACGCCUGCACCUUGUAGAGUGUAAUCACUAAGCCCUACUGCAACGAAUGAUCAGGCUCCAAAUUUUUCGGCAAUAAGAAAACUUUGUUAAAACCUAAUUAUACUCCUUUCUUGAGUAUAAAAUAUAAAGAAGACGUGAUUCUCUAUUGAUUGACUAAAAGAAAGCAUAUUUUAGUUUGUGGUUUCUAUAAAAUAUAUUUUAAUUUCAAAGACCAUCGAAAAUCAAUGGGAAAAAUGCAUGCAAAUUAAGUAGUCCUUUUACCGAGUAUGCUUUCUACAGGAAAUUGAAAAGACGUGCAUUUAAAAGCCGACGUCCUGCCAAGUCUGAAAUGUUAUAAGAAUUUGCCUUAUGAUAAUCAGUAUCACAACCGCGACCAAGUAAUCCUUCCUAAUCAAAAACGCAUUUCAGAAUUUCAGCCAACAUUUCAUGAGAUCGGUCACGCACUGUAUCUUAAGUGAUCGACCGCUUUCCGCGUGGUACGCAUGUACACACACACAAUCACAGGCAGCCGAGGAAGGCACUGUACUCCUGUCGAGGUGUUAUGCAAAUUUGCACUCAGAGGUCGUCCCCUCCGCAACAUCGCGCAGACAACGGCUUAAAGUGAGAUCAGUUCAAAUGUCUGUAUUAGGGAUAAGGCAGACUUUCAUUGGAUUAUGCAAUGAUGAGCCUAAGACGAGUGCGAUGCGCUUGAGGCGUGCAGGUUGGCUCGCAAAGUUUGCCUUUUUCACUGAAGAUAACCCGGUGAGAAAAGGCAUGUGCUGUGAAGUAGAACUCAACCGUUAUGUUCACCGACUUCAUCCCUAAAAGAAGGUUUAAUGCAUUUUCCGGACCUGCCCGAUUCGGCAGGAUCUGCGCGAACUUGUGAUAUGCCGCUUUUUAAUCAAACCCACUAUUCAAGAGCAAUGUGUCGAAAGAAGUAGCGAAUUCGCCCGAUUGACAGUCGAUAGAACGGCCAAGCACUUACAGUAGGUGGGUUAACUCAUGGAAUGUCGGCAAAAAUUUUGAAAUGCGUACUCGUUUCGAAAAGACAAAUUAAGUAUGAUUGUAAAAAUAAUCGCCGUCCAGCAUCAUUCUAUAAUAAUCGCGUUGCUUCAGGGUGCCCUAUUUCCCACGAACUAAUUUCCGACUGCAUUGAAAAACUAUACACUUCACACAAUGACUGCUUACGUAGCAUGCAAUUUUCUCUUUGAUUUCCGAUGCCCUUAAAAGGUCAACUAUAUUUCAUGGAAAAAAUGCAUAAAAAUAUUUAUUCUUUUGAUCGUUUAGUAGAAAAUUACGUCUUCUUCCAAUUAUUUACUCGAAGGAAGUAUAUAAUUCGGUUUUCAAAACGUUUCCAUUCGUGAGAUUUUUUAAUACCGUGAAAUGGCCGUCCAAAAAACGCCAUGUCUCUGCAUUUACCAAUGUGGCUUGUAAGGCUAACAAAAUGGCUCAAAUCCACUGCUAAAUUUUAUUAACCACACAUGGUCUUCUCUUAAUAUCGUAGAGAAAUAUAUGGUUUUCCGUACGCUGAAAUUAUACGGCUUUUGGCUUGGAAACCCUGAAUUCAAUUAUAACAGCAUGUCGGGUUCAAAAUUAUCCGGGAAUGGGAAAAGUUUUUUUAAAAACCGUUAUGUUCACCGACUUCUUCCCCAAAAGAAGGUUUAACACAUUUUCCGAACCUGUCCGACUCGGCAGGAUCUGCGCGAAUCUUUAAUCAGAAUACCUAUGCAGUAAGUCGGUCAGUCAGUGUACUUGAGGGAAAUAGGCUUACGCCUUUGAACUCCCUAUUUGUACAUAAAAAAUGUGAAGAAAUUACAGCAUUAAGUGAGUGCAGACAUUGAUUCACAUAUGCCACUGGGCUCAUGGCUAAAAAGUUACAUAGUCCGCUUAUUGCUGCAGCAUGUGUCUCUCAUGCCGACAUUUAAAUGUCUCCUUAGAUUGAGACAUGACAACCGCCUCCGGCAGGUUAUUCCGCGGUUCCACGAAGCGGUUGGAGAAGAAAUAUUUUCUCACAUUCAAUUUACCCUGGGACACACAUGGCUUGAAGGGCUGUCCCCGGAAGUAGUUUGGAGUGGCGAGUUGGGAAAAGUCGUCGCACCGAAGGGCGCAGUCCAAGCCACGCACGAUACGGAUAGUUUCUAUCAAGUCUCCGCACAACUGCCUAUAACUCAGAGGAUAGAGAUUAAAGUCAGUUAAGCGGAUCUCGUAUGGCAGUGCACCUUGACCCCUCAUUAAUUUUGUUGCUCGCCUCUGCACCCUUUCGAGCGGACUGUUCAAGAGCAAUGUGUCGAAAGAAAAGGCGAAUUCGUCCGGUUGAGAGUCGAUAGAACGGCCAAGCACGUACAUCAUGGCAACAUUCAUAGCCGAAACUGUCUUCGAGUUGUCUGAGGUAGUGCUUACUCAGCUGAUAGUUCAGCCCGGCGGCAGUUGUUGUCUCCAAUAUCACGCAAGUCUGCAACUACGAGUCGCCACCUUCAGGUUCCCAGAGCAGCAAAAGAACCCCACCAUGACUUUGGACUUGAUCCAUAUUGUUAAGUUUAGAAGUCACAUUGAUAAAUGCAGAUACAUGACGUUUUAUAAACGGCCAUUUCACGGUACCAGAAAAUCUCACAAUUAGAAGCUUUUUUGAAACCGAAUUAUACUCUUCCUUCGAGUAUGCAAUUGGAAGAAGACGUGAUUUUCUACCGAAUAUGUAAACGAAUGAAUAUUUGUAUGCACGUAAUCAAUGAAAUAUGAUUGAACGUUUAAGGGCAUCGAAAAUCAAUGAAAAAAAUUGCAUGCUACAUUAGCAGUCAUUCUUUGCAGAGUAUAGUGCUUGAAUGUAGUCGGAAAUUAGUUCGUUCGAAAGAACACACCCUGAGGCAACGUGAUUAUUAUAGAAUAAUGCUGGAUGAUGAUUAUUUUUACAACCAUACUUAAUUACUAUUUUCCAAACGAGAACGCAUUUCCAAAUUUCUGCCGACAUUUCAUGAGUUAGCCCACCUACUAUAUGUCAUAGCAACAUUAAUAACCGAAACUGCCUUCGAGCUGUCUGCGGAAGUGUUUACUCAGCUGCAGUUAUUGUCUCCAAUAUCACGCAAGUCUGCAACUACGAGUCGCCACCUUCAGGUUCCCAGAAAAGCAAAAGAACAAGAACCCCAUCAUGACUUCAGUCUAGAAGCCGUUUUCGUCUUGCUUUGACGGUUCAUCCUCUGGAUCUGUCAUGGCAUAUUUUGUCUGACAAAUGAAUCUGGGUGAAACGGGGUGUACAAUAAGCGGACUAACUCAUGAAAUCUCAACAGAAAUUCCGAAAUGCGUUAUCGUUUCGAAAAUAUUAAUAAAGUAGGAUUGUAAAUCUAAUUAUAAUACGCCAUAAUUCUUUAAUAAUUCAGUUACCGCCCGGACGCUGGCUCUCCAAAAAACUUCUUUCCGGCUGCGUCUAAGAACCAUACUCCUCGAGAAAUGACUACUUAAGUAGCAUGCAUUUUAAAAAUCGAUUUUCGAUGUCCUUAAAUAUUCAACUAUAUUGUAUGAGAAACAUGCAAAAAAUAUUCAUUCUUUUGCUGUUUCAUUAGAAAAUUACGUUUUUUUUCAUUUUACACUCGGAGGAGUAUAAUUUGGUCUUAUAAAAUUUUUCCAAUUCCUGAGUAAUUUUGAACCCGACCUGCCGUUACACUUGCUUUCAGGGUUCUCAAACUACAAGCCGUAAAAUUUCCGCGUACGGAAAACCAUACAUUUCUCUGCGGCAUUAAGAGGAAACCAUAUGGGUUUCAUAAAAUUGUAGCAGUGGAUUUGAGCUUCAUUGUUAACCUUACAAGCCACAUUGGUAAAUGCAGAGGCAUAGAGUUUUAUAAAGGGUCAUUUUACGGUAUUAAAAAUCUUAUAAUUAGAAACUUUUUCAAAACCAAAUUGUACCCUUCCUUUGAAUGUAAAAUUGAGAUAAGACGUAAUUUUUUACUAAGUGAGCAAAAGAAUAAACAUUUUUAAACAUGUUUUUCGUAAAAUAUAGUUGAUUAUCUAAAGACAUUGAAAAUCGAUUAAAAAUGCACGCUGCUUAAGUAGUCAUUUCUCAAGGAGUAUGGUUCUUAGACGCAGCCGGAAAGAAGUUUUUUGGAGAGCCAGCGUCCGGGUGGUAACUAGAUUAUUAUAGAAUUAUGGUGUAUUAUGAUUAGAUUUACAACCCCACUUUAUUAAUCUUUACGAAACGAAAACGCAUUAAGGAAUUUCGGUUGAGAUUUCAUGAGUUGGUCCACCUACGGUACUUUUGCAUAUCGCCUUAAUCUUGCUCAGAAGUGACCAGAGAGCAGUCUAACUAGUGACAUUUUUAGUAGGUUGAACAGAUGGCUGCUGUGAUUCGGUAUCAUCAAAAAGUGCUAAAUUUUCAUCGCGAGGAAAGGAUGCGCCCAUUUCUGAUGCUGGCGUCCUAUAAAUACCAAGCUCUGACGUAAAUUCUGAAGACGCCUACCUCUGGUGACUGUCUAGAACAAUACUUUUCCUCUUGAAAGGCUGGCGCUGGGUGCUGCAUUUUGUCCUCCUUUGUAGACAGAGCCAGUGGGAACUGCUCAGGUUGGCGUCGCCCUCUGCAUCCUCUUAAUGUAAUAAGCAAAAAAUGGAGUCUGGACAUCAUUUGGCCGAGAAAGUUUCUGCUGGAUGGGCAGGGGGGUGGACUACUGUUCUACCCCCCCCCCCCGCUCCUUAAUUUGACGUCAUUUUGGCCGCUGGAGACCGGAAAAUGUUCUUUCGCAGUCAAGAAAGCGAGCAAAAGUCUGUCGAGUUUGCUGUGGUUGAGCGUGGUCAAAAUCAUAGUCUAGGACCACCUAGUCUUGCCCUGCCCUCAUACUUUCUACGCACCCAAAAUACCGAAUGCUGCUGCUGCUGCUACUGCUGCUGCUGCUGCUGCUACUGCUGCUGCUGCUGCUGCUGCUCCUGCUGCUGCUGCUGCUGCUGCUGCUGCUGCUGCUGCUGCUGCUGCUGCUGCUGCUGCUGCUGCUGCUGCUGCUGCUGCUGCUGCUGCUGCUGCUGCUGCUGCUGCUGCUGCUGCUGCUGCUGCUGCUGCUGCUGCUGCUACGGAACCCGGCCUGCACUGUAGGUUCGCACUACUGCACAAAAACAAUGGACCGACAUGUGCGGGAUGACGUCCCGCAAGGGUGUUAAUCAGAGCACAACUAUGGAAAACUCUGCCAUGGAGCUGCCACCUAGGUCUGAAGCGCCAGGCGAAUUUCCGGUGUGCACUCUGUGCAGAACUUGCUUGGGACAUGCACAUAUCAUCACUCUGCGUGCGACCUCUUGCGCGCAUGUCUACAUCCAAAUGCUAACCCAAAUUCGGGAGUGAGUUUUCGUUUAGGGGGGAUUACGUAGGCGGGGCUAUAACACGAAUACCAUGCAGCAUAAUCCCGAGAACUUUUACUCAAGUCAGGAUGCCGACACUUUUUCGACCGCCUGGCAAAACCACGACCGGCAAAAAUUGACUACUUAAUUAGUGUGCAUUUUUCCCAUCGAUUUUCGACGGUUAAAUGUGUCCAAUUAAAUUUGCUAGAAAAUACGGUCCAAUAUAGUAUUUAGCAGCAACUUACAUAUGCAGAUUUCAUACAGCAAGGGAGUAUAUCCUCUUGUUUUAAAAAAGUUUGAAAUCGUGCGAAUUUGUAGAGCCGUCAAUUUUCCAUUCAUAUAGCAUCUUUCUGCUUAUUUAUCAAUGCUCCUUAUGACGUACACAUCACAGACCUCAUUUAGGACAGCACUAUAUGAGAAAUAUAUAAUCCUCCCAGAGUGAAAAUGUACUGACUUUAAUUUGGAAACCCUAGGACCGAGCACAACAGUAGUCGCGGUUAAAAAUUAUCCCGAAACAGAAAAACUUUAAAACCUUAAUAUGCCAUUUAGUGCAGAAUAUAUUCAAUAUCAAAUGAGUUCAGUACAUUAGAUUUUCCCGCAGACAGAGUGGACGACUUGAGUCUCACAGGCGUUAAACGCCAUAGGGCAGAUUACAACAGGGGCAAGCGGAUGCAGGAGGCGAGAUUCAUUCUUGAAUACUCUAUUUCAUGACCGUGAUUACCAGAACAUAAGGAAGCACUGUAAUUUUUCAAAUGCUUAGGUUUUCUGUCCUUUCGUCAUGACUUUCCUUUACCGUUCACUUUAGUUACUUCACAGGUCAGUCGUUGAAGAUCGCAGCGCCUUAUAAAUAGGCCGCUGUUGCAUGCAGUUGUCUGAAGAUAUCUGUCAGCUUCACGAUGGGAAAUUCGUCGUGAGAAGGAAAAAUUUACGCCCGUUGAAAAGUCUGGCUGAAAAUCUCAUGCCCCACGGCGGCUCUCCGGCAAAUUCACAUCACAUCGAACAAAAAAUCACAGGCAUCCUGUCGUGGAGUCGGCAAGGCAGAUGACAGAAGAAAACUUUUGAUUCUUUCGAGUGUUUUGUCCAUAAAUCAGACCAUGCGGUGGAUGAUUUGCACCAAUACAGGAGCUGGCUCGGGGUCUGGAAUCGGGGUCAUCUGUGGGAGGGGGGCGAGGAGGAGGAGGAGGAGGAGGGGGAGGAGGAGGAGAGGGUGUGUUAG